CUUAUUACCGGGCUGGAGGACAUCACAUGAGUCAGGUUGUUGGCAAUGAAUGGCAUUGGACUUGUGAUCUGAUCCCGAUUCCCUUCCACAAUUGACUAGAAUACAUAUUUAGCUUUCGCAAGGGAACCAGAUAACUAAUAAAAGAAAAAGAUGUUCGGGAUGGCUUAAGGCCAUCUCACUUCGCCCUCCACCCCACCCCCGUUCAGAGUCAAUCUCUGAGACGCUGUGGAGAAAAAAGGGAGUAAGCUACAAGGUGGGGUGGGUGGGGAACGGGUUGGUAAGUAGGACUGAAAAGAUUGCUCUUAAAAGAGCUGGAACAGACGCAAUGGGCUGAACGCAUAUUCUUUCUGGGCUGUACAUGUACAUACGAUGGUUCUGUGGUCAAUGAACUUGUGGACCGAGCUACGGGGCUCUGAACUCGGCGUAACGUAAAACCGUGCUUCCCUGAGAACCGAGACGGGGAAGUUUUGCAUUGAGAAGCCGGAGAGACAAUGUCCCAAAGAGCAGCGCUUCUUUUUAAGACGGUGGCUUAUGUUCUGACUCUGUUGCUGGUCAAUGCUCAGGAAGAAAGAGCCAAGCAGACCACGGCAUUUCGCGACAAGCCCUUCGUGACGGUUUGGAACGCGCCCACACAGGACUGCAAGCCCAAGUUCUCCAUCAUCCUGAACCUUACAUCAUUCGACAUCGUUUCAUCCCCCAACGAGGGAUUUUACAACCAGACGUUGACUAUUUUUUACAAAGAGAGGUUGGGGAAAUAUCCCUAUUACGAGAAACAAGAGGCUGUGAAUGGGGGGCUGCCUCAGAACAGCAGCCUCAACGACCACCUGAGUGAGAUGGACAAGGACAUUAAGAAGUACAUCCGAUCGCAUUCCAUGGAGGGUCUGGCGGUCAUAGACUGGGAGGAGUGGAGGCCGUUGUGGAUCCGGAAUUGGCAGAGUAAAGAGAUCUACAGAAAGAACUCCAAGCAGCUCGUCUCGGACAAGCACCCGGACUGGGCGGACGACCAAGUGAGCCGGGAAGCCCAGCUCGUGUUCGAGCAGUCUGGCCAGAAGUUCAUGGCGGAGACCCUGCAAAAGGCCAAGAAAAUCAGACCCAAGACUCUGUGGGGCUACUACCUGUUCCCCGACUGUUAUAACCACGAUUACAAAAAUAACCUGGUCAACUACACCGGCCAGUGUCCGGACGUGGAAAUCGCUCGGAACGACCAGCUGAUGUGGCUUUGGAAGAACAGCACGGCCAUCUUCCCGUCCAUCUACCUGGACCCCAUGCUGCGCUCCUCUGCGAACGGGAAGAAGUUUGUGCGCUCCCGGGUCAAGGAGGCCAUGCGCGUUUCCAACCUGCACAGCGCCAACUCCUCCCUCCCCGUCUUUGUUUACACCCGACCCACUUACGUGCACUCUGUGGACUUGCUGUCCGAGCAAGAUCUGGUGACGACAGUGGGCGAGACGGCUGCUCUGGGCGCGGCCGGCAUCAUCUUCUGGGGAGACGUGGCUUACGGGAAAAGCAACGUCAACUGCAGGAUCACGAAGGACUAUCUGGACGGCGCCUUGGGCCGUUACCUCCUGAACGUCACCACAGCGACUCAGGAGUGCAGCCGGGCUCUGUGCGGAGGAAACGGUCGCUGCUUGCGUAAGGUCAGCGACUCCGAAAGCUACCUUCACCUCAACCCAGCGAGCUUUCAGCUGCAAACCCUCAACGCCACCGGAAACCCCAAACUGGUGGUGACGGGAAAGCUGAGCCAGGCGGAUAUCCUGCAGUUCCAGGACAGGUUUCGGUGCCAGUGUUACGUGGGUUGGUUCGGGAGUGACUGUGGCACAAAGGCCAACUCUGCCCAACACACACUUGCCAACGGACUAACUCUCUUUGUGGCACUCCUGCUCUCUCUGAUGGUCCAGAAAUAAAAAAAAAGAUGCAGAUUUGUACAGUAUUUCGAUUAUUUUCUAUGUGUAAACUGCCUUUCCGAGGGGGAGUGGAAGUUGGAGGAAAUCUCUCCCUUCUGAGACCUGCCUGACUGCUCACUCAUACCAGUUACGUUAGUUUAAAUGUUAACGCAAGAUUCUUUACGUGUUGAUCCUUCAGAAGGCUUUGUCAGAUAGAAUAGCUCAGUGUUUGUGUUUUCGAGUGUUCUGGUGAAUCACCCGAUAUGUUCCUUUUGAACUUGUUAGAAAAAGCGGUAAAUAAGUCAAGUGGAAGAAUUAUAGCAAAACAAAGCAGUGCCAAAGCAAUAAAUCUAUUGAAAACGAACUCAUGGCUGAAGGGUGGGGCGGGGGGGGGGGGGAAAGACAGUAGACUUGUUAAGUCAUCGAGUACUGGAUCCCAGAACAGAUAGGAGGCUGUUGAGUGAAUUUCUUGUCUGUGUGGCUUGGACCUGGGCUCCUUCCUUCAGCUUAAGAACAUCAGACUUUGCUUAGACAAAAGAAGACAAAAAAAAAGUCCAUCGAGUUGGCCUUUCGCCAUCCUGGCAGUUGCACACACAUGCCAUGUCUUGAGAUAUAUACCGUGUCCCAAGAUAAAAAGAAAUCUAUCUAAUUAAUAGCCUUUGAAAGAAUCAACACUUAAAAGUUUUUGUGUCUCCUGUGAUUCCCGAGCUCGACUGAAAUCCAGCGCAGAGAUUGCAGCGUUUGAAAGCUGUCGUGUUAAUACACUCGGAUGAGUUGGGCCCUGUAAAUCGGAAAGGGGCUUAAUAUCAGAAAUUUAUGGUUUGCAAGCCUGACACUCCUGAAUAUGCAAAAUCACUGGAAUAACACUUUUUUUUAAUUAAAAACGUGUACUUGUGUGUAUGUGUAUACAUUGUGUGCUGGUAACUUUGGUGUCCAUAAUUAAAAUAUUUAUUCCAUAA